GGGAGGCUCAGAUCACUGGAGGCGGCGGGCACGCACACUGCGGGCUCCGAGGGGCACAGGUCCAGGCUCCUGCGUGAAGUGAUGCUCCUCUUUGCCUUACUCCUAGCCAUGGGGCUCCCAUUGGUGGCAGCCAAUGUCACCGUGGGUUCUCAGUGGACUUAUAAUUUGAGAUGCCAUGACUGUGCGGUCAUAAAUGAUUUCAACUGUCCCAACACUAGAGUAUGUCCGUAUCAUAUUAGGCGCUGUAUGACAAUCUCCAUUCGCAUAAAUUCUCGUGAACUACUAGUUUAUAAGAACUGUACAAACAACUGCACAUUUGUAUAUGCAGCUGAACAGCCUCCUGAAGCCCCAAGAAAAAUCUUCAAAACUAAUAGCUUCUACUGGGUUCGUUGUUGUAAUACCAUGAUUUGCAAUGCAGGAGGGCCUACUAAUCUUGAAAGGGACAUGUCACCCGAUGAAGUAACUGAGGAGGAGCUUCCAGAAGGAACUGUGAGGCUGGGGCAGUCAAAACUGUUCCUGAGCUUUGCCUCUAUCAUAGUCAGCAAUAUAUUGCCAUGAGGACCCCUCCUUGGAGGGUCUGACCAUCUUCACCGGUUCCGCAGAGAAAUGUUGCUCUCCAUUAUUCCCUUGUAAGCCAGAGACCCUUAUCCACUGCUCCUCUAGGUGGCCCAUUUAUGGUUUGUUGUAAGAGAAAAAUAAAAAAAAAUAUUGUUUAGUGGA